AUGAAGAAAUUGCAUAAUAUUUUGAGGAUUCGCACGAUAUUUGAGCAAGAUUUUAGAGAGCAUUCGUUGUCAGAGUCACCUCUGACAUUAGCUGCCUACAAAGGUCAUCUGGAAAUAGUGAAGUAUUUGCUGGAGAAAGGUGGUGAUAAGGAACGUCAAGAGGAGUUGCAUACAGCGUUGAUGGAAGCCUCAAUGGAUGGACAUUACGAGGUGGCACGUCUUCUGCUCGAUCAUGGCGCACCUGUGAAUCUGACUUCGGAUUCGUUCGAAAGUCCGCUUACACUGGCUGCUUGUGGAGGACAUGCGAAGUUGGUUGAACUGUUGUUGGAUCGUGGUGCUGAGAUGGAGGAGCCGAACGACGAGGGAUACACACCGUUGAUGGAGGCGAGUCGUGAGGGACAUCUGGACGUGGUGAGGAUAUUGCUGAAUCGUGGUGCACAAACGAACACACAAACUGAUGAAACUGGUGAGACGGCGUUGACGCUGGCCGCGUGUGGUGGCUUCAAGGAUGUUGUCGAGCAGUUGACGCGUUGUGGUGCAGAUCUGGAUUUGGGUGCUAACACACCGCUAAUGGAGGCUGCACAAGAGGGGCAUCUGGAGACAGUGCAAUUCCUGCUGGCCGAAAAUGCGAAACGAAACGGCCUGCCGGUGGACGCAACGACCGCAACGAACGAGACAGCGCUAACUUAUGCGGCCGAAAACGGUCAUAUGGACGUGUGUGCGGCGUUGAUCGAAGCCGGCGCGAACGUGGAUCACGAAACCGAAGGUGGUCGUACGGCACUGAUGAAAGCCGCCAAAAACGGCAACUACGGAGUGGUACAGUUCUUGAUUAUGCGAGGCGCACAAGUCAACAAAGUGUCGUCGAACAACGACGCCACAGCGUUGUCAUCGGCGUGUGCGAACGGACAUUGGGAGAUAGUGCGGUUGUUGUUGGAUCACGGUGGGGAUCCGUCGCAUGUGAUGAAAGACGGCAUGACGUGUAUGAUCGAAGCGUCCCGCAACGGACACACACGUGUUGUGGAGACACUACUGAACUGGCACGACGUACCGGUGAGUGGCAAGUCGAGUGCAAACUCAGCGAAAUCCUCAGCGUCCUCGUCAAUGCAAAACAGCCGACUGAAAAAAGUGAGCACGCAACGUCGUGUUGGUGCAUCGAAGAAAGCAACCGCAGCAACUCAACCGAAAGUGGAGUGUGCCGAAAAGUCAGUGAAUAACAGUGGGUCGGGCGCAACAACUGGCAAUAGUACAACUUUACCAACAGCCACAGCAACAUUGCCGAAUCAAAAUCACCAAUCCACUGAUAUGACAAUGACUGGAAAUAUUGCGUCUGGAGGUGUUACUUCGGGUGGUAGUACUCCAGCGAUUAUCAGUAAUAAUCUUGGUGAGAUUUUGUUGUUGUUGUUGCUUUUUUUCUGA